UCUAGGUUUCUUUUCUUAAACCCUAGAAGUUUUUUACUUGUAGAACAAGAACGAAAUCGAUGGCAACUCCAGACAGUACGAGAGAACCAUGUCCCGAUCGGAUCCUAGAUGACAUCGGAGGUGCGUUCGGCAUGGGUGCUGUUGGUGGAUCAGCGGUUUUUUUCAUGAGAGGAAUCUACAACUCUCCCGCCGGAGCUCGUCUCUCCGGCGGAGUUCAAUCUCUUCGAAUGAAUGGCCCUAAAUACGGGGGAAGCUUCGCCGUGUGGGGUGGUCUUUACUCAGCCUUCGAUUGCGCCUUGGUGUACGCGAGACAGAAGGAAGAUCCAUGGAACUCGAUUAUUUCCGGCGCCGCCACCGGAGGAUUUCUCUCUUUGCGUCAAGGCCUCCGUGCGUCCGGUCGGUCGGCUGUACUCGGGGGUGUGCUUUUGGCUCUCAUAGAAGGAGCUAAUAUCAUGAUGAACAAAUUUGCGAGUCUUACGCCGAACGAGCAGUUCAUGCAGAUGCAGGAUGCUGCAGCUUCUAUGCCGUAUGGUGGUGCGGCUACUAUGGGUCAGGUUUUUGGUCAGCCUGUGCCGGAUACGACUCCUUCUUCUUCUUCUUCUGGUUCGGAGGCAGGUUUGGGAUCUUGGUUUGGUUCUUGGUUUAAGAAGAAGGAAACAGAGGAUGAUUCAGGGAGCAAAACUCACAUUUUGGAAAGCUUUGAUGCACCUCCUGUGCCAACUUACGAUUUUAAGUGAUGCCAUUGAGGUCUAGAUUUUAUUUUAAUGUAUUUGAAUUUAAGAGAGAGCUUAAGUUCUAUAAUCAUAUAUAUAUAUAUAUAUUCUGCAAAACGCUUGAUAGUUUUCAUUUUUAAUCUUUUGAAAGUUAGAACCUAAUUCGAUCUAUUAGAGUAUCAACAAAGCUUACUUAUUAUCUAAAUAAUAUCAUAGUACUCGGAUGUGAUCAGCAACGUUCUUUGUAACUAUAGGCGAUGUUGAAACCAAAAAGAGCCUGCUCUGCUUUUUUCCUUUACUAGCUAAUUCUACUUCUUCAUUCAACAUAACUAGCUACCCCACGCGCCUAAGAGCUAUAUACAGUAUG